AUGGCAGACUUCAAGAAGAAGAUGAUCAGGGUACUGAUACGAGACUGCCACGCCCGCAUCCACAAGUACCGCCAAAUGAUUGAACAUAAUUCGUCAACUUGCCAGUCGAUCUUUACGGCACACGAGCUGGGGAUCCUCAAAGCGGCAAUUCUCGACAACGUACGGCGUCACCGCAAGUUGCGUGAUGACCAGUUGUCUGGAAAAUUUGAGCAAAUAAGUCUGCCAAAGCAGCCCUAUACUGACGGUGCCUUGGUUCACAACUUGUCCUCUCAUCGUUUCACUCAGCAACAACUAGCGGUUCUAUCCUAUGACGCGAAGUUCAGCACAAGAGAUGCUCGACCAGAAGACUUUAUUGCAUCCUUUGAAUCGGCGCUCCAGAAGUGUGAGGCAGGCGAGGAGUGCAAGAACUCCAUGCGACAAGAAGUGUCGACCUUACUCAUCCAACACAAACGCCAGAUGACGAUUUCUAAAGGAGAAGAUCGAGAACUCCUGAAGAUACGAAAAAUGAAGGAUAUCGUCACCCUGCUCGCCGACAAGGGGCGCUCGACUGUCGUCAUGGAUAAGGCUGGGUACUGCACAAAACUAGGCAACCUCUUGAUGGACAAGGAAGCUUAUGUGCCAUCGACCGUCAGCGAGUUUAAAAAGCUCGUAAACAGCAUAAACAAUACGAUCGGCAAGCUGAGGAAGGCGGGAGCUCUUACGAGAAGGGAGGCGUUGGCCGCCAAAGCCAGUGAUACCGCGAUGGCGCGCUUCUACGGCCUACCAAAGGUCACAAGCAGGGGGUGCCUCUACGCCCCAUCGUCUCCUUACAUGGUACUCCAACCUUUGGGUUGUCGAAGUGGCUGUACCAACGACUUUGUUUCCUUACCAAGGAUUCGCAGUGGACAGUGAAGUCAGCUGAAGAGUUCUUGACGCGCAUCAAACAUCUCGAAGUGGAGGCAGAUGAGGUGAUGGUGUCAUUUGACGUGAUCUCAUUAUUCACCUCCAUCCCACCCGCGCAGACUAUCGAAACUAUUGAUGGCUUUCUCCGGAAAAAGUAUGAUGAAACCGACCAACAGCUCAAACGGGCACAUAUCAUCGAGCUCCUAGAACUGUGUCUUAAGACCUUCUUCACAUUCAACGGCCAAGUCUACGAGCAAAAGAAGGGGACACCGAUGGGCUCGCCUCUGUCUGGACUAAUUGCCGAAGCAGUUUUGCGCAGACUCGAGCAGCAGGUCUUCAGCUCGUACCCCCCGAAGUUCUGGGCCAGAUACGUCGACGACACGUUCGUUGUAAUCAAGAGGAGCGACGUGAAGGCUUUCAAGGCAUUGUUGAACUCAAUCUUUCCCGACAUUCAGUUUACUAUGGAGGAGGAAGUCGACAAUCAGUUGCCCUUCCCGGGCGUACAAGUUACGAGAUUGACAGACGGGAAGAUAAGGACAACGGUUUACCGUAAGGCGACAAAUACUAGGCGUAUCCUCCACUUCCGAAGCAACCACCCUGUUGGUCAUAAACGCAGUUGUGUCAAAACUAUCUUUCAACGUGUUCAAACACACCGUAGCGACGACAGUGGGAGGAAGGAGGAGAUGAAUUACUUACAGGCCCUUUUUAAAGCCAACGGCUACCCGAAGUCCUUCAUACGCAAUUGCCUAAAAAGCCUCAUUUUGAGCGGUCGAGUGGAGAAAAGCCCAAGUUCUGGCUCUCAAUACCCUAUGUGAAGAACGUAUCAGAGGCAACGGCAAGAACCCUAAAACCUUUUGGGAUUGGCGUGGCUCAUAAACCAGAAUGCACCAUCAGACAGCAAAUCAUGAAGCCCAAGGACCCGCUACCAACAACAGAACAGUCGGCAGUGGUCUACAGCAUACCAUGCCUAAAUUGCAAUGCAAGGUAUGUUGGUGAAACGGGCAAACGCCUUGGCACAAGAUUGCUCGAACACCAACUUGCAAUCAACCGCAAGGACAAGCUGUGUUUGGUCUAUGGCCACAUAAGAGAACUGAACCACGAUUUUGCCUUUGAGAAAGCGAGGGUAAUUGGCAGAGCCAAUGAGAAGAUGGCCAGACUGGUGCUCGAAAGUUGGUCCUCGGUUAGUACACUCAACCGAGCUAUAGAUCUACAUCCCGCCUACCAGGCGCUGCGUACAAGGCUCGGAUCAGUCCGGACAGGACCAGUAAGGCAAAUCAGCACGCGGGACUGAGAGUCAACGCUCACGGAAAAGAGCGGAAUUGGGGGCCAGAGGUCAUGUGACCAAAGCAGAACACUGUCUCACCGAUGUGCCCGCGAAGCUGAAUGCUGCUCACCUGAACAGCAACGAGCGAUCAGUCCACCGGCUGACGUGGGAGAGGCCAAGCGGCACGUUGAUUUGACCACAAUUACGUCCACCCCAAAGGGAACAAAGGUCACGCAGGCCUGUCAGCGGUCAGCCCCGGGGAGGUCUAUGCCAGUCAGCGGCAAACAGGCAGGUCAAAAUUCGUGCAUCGAGCACAGCUAUAAUACGAGGCAGGCGGCAAGACUGAACAACUCAAGACCGGCAAGUGCAACAAUUACGCUACUCUGAUGAUGGAAACGAGGAAGGUUCCGAAACGUCAGUUCGAAUACAAUAUGGUCCAUGAAUUUGCCCUCUCUUCAUCUUCAUCUUCCUCGGGAGAUGAUGAACGCGAUAUAUAUAUAUAUGUAUGGAAGAAGGUAAAGAGAUCUCUGGGGAGGAUGAUUUAUUCAUCUGACGUUUUUAGGUCAGUAAUUUUCGCUUCGAAUUUGUGGAGACGAUUGUGAACGUCCGAAAUUAUAGCACUCAAAAUACACCAUCCGUAUUUGCGCGCAAGAAAUCUCCCGUUCGAGUACAACUCGACUUUUCCGUAGAACCUCUUCUAUUUUUUCAUUAUAUCUACUCGGAAUGCAUACCCCCUCUGAGCUACAACGUAUAUUCGGGCGUCAAACGCUUAGUUUAACCAGAUGUUGGGAGAAAUUUACACAGAGACAUGCGAUGACUAGCGAACAACAGACUUUCCUCCACCGCUGUCGCGAUCACGGUGUGUUACCGAAGUCUCUUCGUUUCAAACCGACGUUGCCGAAUGAGACCGGGAGAUUUCUUGCGCGCAAAUACGGAUGGCGUGUUUUGAGUGCUAUAAUUUCGGACGUUCACAAUCGUCUCCACAAAUUCGAAGCGAAAAUUACUGACCUAAAAAAUCAGUGCGCUUCAGCGCUACCUGAGCACGUAUUCGAGGAUGUGCAGCAAAGAAUUAACGCCACCACCGAGGAUGCAAGAUUGAAGAAGAGACUUGAUCUCCAGGAGAAACUCCAAUCACUUCUCCGUCCUAUGAACCAAGGAAAUUUGACCACUAGAGUUGUCAACCUAUCGAAGAGGAGUCUCUCACCUGCGGAAAUCACCCUCCUAUCCAAGGGAAUAGGAUUUAAUCAUGCGGAUGCCACACCUACCGACUUCCUAGCUGGGCUUGAGUCCAUUCUACUGGCCUCCAACAUUCCGGAAGACAUGCGCGCGAACAUACGAAGCUGCGCCACCGGUAUUCUCCGGCAAAAAAGAUACCAACAAAAUCUACCGGCCGAAGAAGCGCAAGCAUUACGAUCAUUGAAGUCGGAUCACAGUAUUGUCGUUGGUCCCGCUGACAAGGGUGGCGCUACUGUCAUCAUGGACAAAGUUGAAUAUGUUAACAAGGCGAAUGAAAUCUUCAGUGACAUGGAGGCUUAUACCCUUCUUGCUGAAGAUCCGACUAAAAAGCAAGCUGCAGCCAUCAAAAAGAAGGUCAAUGAGCUCGCUCGUUUGAAAGUUAUCAGUCCAGAUGAUUCCAAGUUGAUGACCCUCAGUGAUCCCCACAUCGCACACGCGUACGGCCUCCCAAAAGUGCACAAAGUGGAUGUCCCCCUGAGGAUUAUAGUGCCACUUAUCGGAUCACCCACUUACAAUAUAGCUAAGUGGUUAUACAGUCGUCUUAAGCGGCUCACUCAUGGAUUAUAGCAUUAACAACUCUCAAGCGUUCCUCCGCAGGGUACAAGGCCUCAAAGUAAGUACCGAUGAAUGCUUCCUGUCCUUUGACGUCGUUGCCUUGUUUUCCUCCAUACAACAUGAUUUGGCGAUUGAAUGCGUAACCCAACGCCUACAGAACAAUUUUAUUGAGAUCCCAACGCAGCAUGUUUUAGAACUGCUAAAUCUUUGCCUUGGGAACUAUUGUCAAUUUGAUAAUAGGUACUACCAACAGGUAAAGGGAACCCCGAUGGGCUCACCAAUAUCAGGACUGCUCGCCGAACUAGUUUUGCAGCGACUAGAAGAGAUAGUUUUAUAAACUAUCAAGCCUAAACUAUGGCUUCAUUAUGUUGAUGACACCUUCGUCAUAAUAAAGAAUUGCGAAGUCGAACGGCUUCACCAGAGCCUGAAUGACGUUUUCCCAGCCAUACAGUUUACCCGCGAAGAGGCAAUUGGAGACAGCUUGCCGUUUCUGGACGUGAGGAUACAGAAGUUGAGCGAUGGCAGCCUGGCAACAAGCGUCCAUAGGAAAGACUCUAACUCUGAGAUUAUCCUCAACUAUGGAAGCAACCACCCUGCAGCUCACAAAAGAAGCUGCGUCCGAACUCUGUUCCACCGGGCCUACCGUUAUUGUAACAGCAACGAUCUCCUGAACAAAAAGCUUGCUCACCUGUAUCGGUUAUUCCGCUCUAACGGAUAUCCGAUCAGUUUUGUAAAGAACUGUCUCAGGCACCAGACACAGUCGCAAGACCCCACCCCCAACGGAGAGAUUGUGACGCGAAAAUUCUUCUCCUUGCCAUAUAUGCGUGGAACUUCUGAAAUAAUCGCCCGGCAGUUCAGCCGCAUGGGCAUUCACGUUGCCCACAAACCGUCAUCUUCACUACGCGCAGCACUAUCUCGAGUGAAGGAUCCCAUCCCGAAAGAGCAACAAACGAAUAUAAUUUAUCGUAUCCCGUGUGCUUAUUGCUCUUGCGUGUAUGUUGGCCAUACAGGUCGAUGCCUGGGCACCCGUAUCAACGAACACAAACUAGCUAUCCGUCGGCGAGAGCCCCUGUCCCUCGUCUUUGCCCAUGCACUCGAGUACGACCACCGAUUCAAUUGGGAUGACACUGAGGUCGUCGCCAUGGCUAACACAAAGCGAGCGAGGGAAUUUCUUGAGGCUUGGUACUCCAAUGCGGGUAGUAUCAACCGUCACAUUGGGUUAGACGCCCAUUACGAGGGUCUACGUUCACGAAUGACUGCCCCCUGCCCUAAUCACGCAUCAGCGACCGCGAAUGCAGCCGCCCGCAUUCCAACUGAUUCACCACCCACCCUCCCGCUCCAGCACGGUGCGCCGUAAUUGUUCCGCCUCCUCUGCCUUCCCCGCCCCUCACUCAGUGAUCUACCAUGACCUCGGGAGCCCACCCCACCCACCACCCCCCCCUCUCACGUCAGUGAUCUGUUCUGUCCUAUCACACUAACUGGUCUACUGUGACAACAUAACUUUCUCCCUCGUUUUCAUUACGUCUGACGACGGGUUGGUGUCACCAGCUCGAAAAUUCACGAGUACAACUCGACUUUUCCGAAGAACCUCUUCAAUUUUUUCAUAUAUAUAUAUGUAUAUAUAUAUAUGGAAAGGUAAUACCGACAAAGACAAGGGAGACCGGAAUGGCCAUUUCUGGCUUAUUAGCCGUCAUCAGCCAGUCAUACCCAACCCCAAGUGUGGAUCACUUGAGAUUUGUCUUUGUCGGUAUUACCUUUCCAACAUAUAUCACUAGUCGCUGUGCGACUGCCUGCGAGGGUUUAAGUAUGAGCCCCAAGGCACAACGGAACGAGCAUGUUCCGUAACCUGAUCGGUGAGCGCCCACUAUCAUAAUAUAUAUAUAUAUAUAUAUAUAUAUAUAUAUAUAUAUAUAUAUGAGGAUAUGGCGAUCACAUGACCCAUGAAUUUAUUUGCCUGACGUUUCGGAAGCAGACAAGCUUCUGAUGCCUCUGAUGAUGGAUUCGAGUAGGAAUCCGAAACGUCAGGCUAAUAAAGCCCUUGUCCACGCGAUCAUGUCUCCUCUGCCAGCACAUGACCCCUUCAUAGGCGGGGCUGGGUGGGGCCAGAGCCCCCUCUGGAUUGAAGCAUUUUAAAGCGUAUUUGCAUCGAAAGAUAUGUUUCAAAAGCACCACUCAUUGUACCUUCUUUGGCAUUAAAAGGAGCUAAUUUAUCAAAAUUGGCUUAUAAAUCAUGGAGAAAGCAUCCGUUUGCGCCCACUGAAUGUAGCUGCGAAUGAGCACAAUAAACUGAGGUUUUGUUUAAGUCCCUCACUGCGUAAACUCUUAUUUGUCCACCGGAUUAAAAUCUGUGUGUGUUAUUAAUUCGUAUAUUUGACAAUCGAUUGCAGAUAAUAUCGUGAGUCAACCAAUGCUGUUUUCAUGCUCUUGAUAGCUGUCUUAGUUCAUUUAUGUAUAUUAUGCUAAUUGUUUAGGUAACUACUCACCAGCCAGUUCAAGUAGUCGAGCUGUAUGUCUAUGCAUGUAGUAUUUAGCCUUGGUGUUCGUAGUCCAAUUAUACAAAUUGUUUAUCGUUUUUUACUGAAUAUCCAAAGCAAUUAUGAAGCGUAAUUACUCUGGCUAUCACCGAAGCACCAUAUACAGGCGCAUUAAGCGCCAGAUGAAGGCGUGACUACUGUUGGAGUGGCUCAGUGGGAAAACAAUCCUUUGUUGGUAGUCCUUUAUAUGCACUCCUGUGUGGUAAGUUUUCCUCAUUUGUUAACACUUCAGAUGUCAUUCGCCUCAACCCUCCCUUUGAUGAUUGCGCUCACGAAAUGGUUCGCAAGACUGUCAUUGAUUGGUUUCAUGGAUCGAGGGACCGGUAUGGCGGCCGGGCUAAACGCCGGGAGGCAAUUGUGGGGACUAGCGAUGAUACACGUUGUCCCACACUGUCUCUAUCUGAAGACACGUUUAUUACCAUCAAUGAAAUUCACAUAUUUUUGGUUAAAUAUUCAUACUGCGGUAGUGAACUUAAUUAGUGUAAAAAUUGUCAUUUAAAUUUUAAAGUAUUACUUCCCUUCCAUCGAAUAUGUGUCUUCCAAAGAAUUGUUUUCCUUCAACUAUAGGAACCAGCCGUCGAAGCGGGUACUUAUGGAACGCACAACUGAAUGGUAUAACAUAUGUUGAAGUCCAUGUAUAUACUGGCACUGACAUUUAUUAUGAUUGUACAUAUUUUCCAAUUACUUUUUCGUUUAUACAAUAAAUAACUCAUUCACAUGAAUUUGCGUCACGUGUAUUUGAUAUUGGCUGCCGAUUAGUGGGCACGUGUGCGGCGGGGUCACUGUGAGUACUAUGUAAUACCGUAGUACUCUACGUACGCAGGGUGGGUUCCGACGUGUAGCAUGUGGGAAUAGUGAGGCACUGCGCCUCAGGGGACUCGGUGUACAGGACGAUAUUUUAAAGUGGUGCCAAAAGUGGGCGGGGAUGUGGCGUCCCCUGCACAUUAUUUUUCGCUGGCGGGGCUAUCGCGUUGCAUGCCCCGCCACAGCCCCCUCCACAGUCCCGCCUAGCCCCCUCAUGGCCCCCUCUAGCCCCGCCAUUAUUGAGGGGGUCAGGCGGGGCUAGGCGGGGCUGGUGCUGGCAGGGCUUCUUCAAGACAAUCUUCCGUCAGGCUUUCGAAUUAGGGAAAUUCACGACCUAAUCACGAAACUAGAAUCAAAAAAGACCAUGGCAGCAGAACAUCGGGCACUAGAAUACCCCGAACAAACAGCUCAGAUGUUUCAGAAAUUAAUGAGUAAUCAUCGACGGUCAGGACCACGUACUAUUAUUAAUGAAUUAGGGCAAGUUAUAACCAAUGAUAACCAAAUAGCAAACUUAUUCAACAGAUACUCCUCAGCUAACUACACAGUCGAAGAUGGGACGAUCCCCCAACCGACCGAGAUGACUGAACGCAUCCUUUGUGAAAUCCAUUUUAGUGAAGAAACUGUUAAAGCAGCCAUCAAACAACUAUCAAACACCAAACCCUAUGGGACAGACAAAAUCCCACCAUGUAUUCUGAAGCAUAUGACAUAUGCUCCAAUAAUCCUAUCUAAGUUAUUCACCCUACUCCAGUCAAAUGCAUUUUUCCGGACAUGUGGAGAUACUCUACCACUGCAUCUAUAUUUAAAAGCGGCAACCGAUCUCAUACCCAAAACUAUCGUGGUGUUCACCGAACACCGGUUACAGCUAAAAUCCUCGAGAAAAUAGUAUACAACCGAUUGCUAGACCAUCUCAUGAACGCCAACCUCAUUCCCUCCUCUCAACAUGCAUUCUUACCUAAAAAGUCAUGUCAGUCCUGCCACCUUACUUUUUUGGAAUUCGUUUCCAGUAAUAGAGAUCAUGGAAACACAGUAGCUUCAAUAUACUUAGAUCUAAGAAAGGCCUUUGACAAAGUCCCCAUAAAAGACCACUGAUAAAGCUAAAAGGUCAUGGAAUUAGGCCAGCCCUUCUCGAUUUUCUUAAAUCCUAUCUUCAAAACCGAUACCAGGUGGUGCAAAUUCGAAACGUAGUCUCAGAACCAUCCCCUAUUACCAGUGGAGUACUUCAAGGCACUAUCCUAGGCUCCCUUCUAUUUCUUAUAUAUAUUCACGACUUAUCGUCCAUAUCUGUCUCAGCUAAGACUUUUUUGUAUGCGGACGACCUUAAAAUUGCAUAUGCAUAUAACGGGAAUACAGUAGCCAAUAUUCAUAGAACAAUUGAAACUGAUCUCAGAAAACUCAGCGAAUGGACUAGUCAGUGGCAGAUGUCCUUUUCACCCGAAAAAUGCCAUCUCCUGAUAUUUGGUUCACAAAAACUCCCCCCCCCCACCCAUAAUAUUCGAGGAUAAUGAAAUAAAAGAGGCCCAAUCGGUAAAAGAUUUAGGUCUCAGCUAUACAAAUACCCUUGAUUUAUCUCCCCACGUCCAACAAAUAUCACCGAAAGCCACUCGCCUGUGUGGACUAAUAUGCAAGAAUUUCACCUUAAAUGCACUAGGAAUACAACUGUUCAAACUGUAUGUUUUACCUCUCCUAGAUUACUGUUCAAUUUUCUUCGGCAUAAUGCCCUCAGACGGCCGAAAGAAACUAGAAGGCAUUCAGAGACGUUUUACUAGAUUUUUGUCUAGAAGUGAUGGCAUCCAGGGUUCAUACUUAGAACUAUAUCAUAAAUACGGUCUUCGACCCCUCUGGACCAGAAGACCUCAAAAUGGUCUAAACCUCCUAGUCAAGGUCACCCACGACCAAGAUAUUCUCAAAAUGAAUUUAUUUACCAACCAAAACGCCCCUAGAAACACCAGAAAUAACGAGGAUAUUAUAAGGAUUCCCAACUUCACAAAGUCCCAACGGUCAAAUUUCUACUCCAUGAGAUAUGCGACUAUCUGGGAUUUCUUCCAAGUUCUAUCCGGAAAAGUCGAACCCUAAUCGAGUUUACAAUAAAAACUAAGAAAUUCCUUCCAAAUAACAAUACACAUUUAUUUUUGAAUAAGAUAGGACAUUUUUCAAGUCAAUUCUUUGAUAUAGAAUUUGGUCCAAAAGGGCUCUGAUGAUGCCAGCCGCUUGCAUAAUACCGGAACAUAGCACUGAAAAUAAUCAAAUUUAUAAAAGAUAGCGUCAUUGAUAAACAUAGAAAAGAUAGUGAUAUUCUUUCUUUCCUCCCUUUCUCGUUUUCAUCAGCUAUAUAUCACCUGACACUAAAUAUCCCUUAUAAAGCUAAUAAAAAUAUACCCUUCGAUAAAACCCUGCAUAUUAGUCCUGCGUAUGUCUACAUUAAGGCCAUAUUAAACAUAUAUACAACUAUAUUAGGUCAUAGUAAACAGUCGACCACUACCCCUAGUAGCAAUAGAUAUCGAGUAUAGCGAGAAUAGCGAUUUAUCGAGAUAUGUGUAUCUGUCACAUCAUUGGCUACCUCGUUUGUGCAAUCUGUCAUUUCAUUGGUUGCCGUAGUUUAGUUGCAUUUCGAUUGCGCCCACACGCGGUCGCGCCAUUAUUUCUCGUGAGCGGCGUGGAACGCGUGACGUGACACUGCUUGCACUUACCUCAUAUUACUGAUUUAAACCUGUUGUCUGCUGUUUCUACCUUUACCAUGUUUAGGCAGGAAUCCCGGAGAACACGAUUACGACGUAUUAAGAGGUACGGAGACGAGGAGUUCCGGGAAAUCGUGGAGACUGUGAAACGUAGGCGAAAAUCGCAAAGUCGACCUUUAAGCACGUUAUGUGGCGGCUCAGAACAAUUACAGCCUAUGCAGGAGGACAGGACCACUUCGUCGGCAGAAAGUGCUGUCCUGAGGACGAAUGCAGGAGCGUCUUCAGACGUUGAAAACCGUGAGAUUGUAGCCGUUGCCCCGGGCGACAUAUACGUCAAACGAUUGCGUGAAUGGGCGCUGGCAUUCAAGAUUGCACACUCUCCCAUAAGAGCCCUGUUGGCUAGUUCUAAGCCGAUUGUGCCCCAACUACCGGCAGACCCCAGAACACUCUUGGGAGCGGCCUAUGAUCUAAAGGUUGCCCCAAUGGGUAGCGGUGAGUAUGUGCACUUCGGCUUAGAAUGGCAACUACGUAGACUUAUAAGUAAGAAUAUAGUAAACUCAGCUUGCGAUAUAGAGAUUCAGUUGGCCAUCGAUGGUCUCCCAGUAUUUAGAAAAUCAAACACCGAAAUGUGGCCAAUCUUAGGCAGAAUCUCGCGGCCCAUUUUCAGUAACGUUUUUCCAGUUGGCAUUUACUGUGGUACUGGAAAACCGUCAGAUGUCCAUGCAUUCUGUAAGUUAGUAGUUAGUGAGUUAACAUCAUUAAGCGAACAAGGGAUCAACAGCAGCGACAGCGUCGGACUGCAGACCCGCGUUCGCGUCAGCUGUGUUAUCUGUGACGCUCCUGCGAGGGCCUUCGUUAAGCAAAUCAAGAACGUGAAUGCGUAUAAUGGGUGCAAACGUUGUACAGUAACGGGUGUUUAUAUGGGAAAAGUAGUACACCUAGAGAAAGGAGAGAGUGAUAGGACGGAUGAGGACUUCUUGCACUCUGUCGAGGACGAACACAGGGUCGGAGUGUCUCCAUUCCUCUCUUACAACGUUGGCCUUAUUAACCAAUUUCCUCUAGAUCCAAUGCAUCUAAUUUACUUGGGUGUAGUGAAACGCUUGCUAAGUUUGUGGGUUAGAAAUCAUCGUUCAAAGGACAGUGGUCGCACGACAACUUCGGUACUGAAGGCAGUGCAGGAGAAGGCUAUAGACGAUAGGUUGCGUUCUUUAAACGCAUGCCUUCCAUCAGAAUUUUUCCAAAAAGCUAGGUGUUUAAGUGAGUUCGAAUCCUGGAAGGCUACAGAGUUUAGACAGUUUGUAUUGUAUCUAGGUCUUGUUUUUCUACCGGGUAUCCUGCCUCUUAAUCAUUAUAAAUUGUAUUUAAUGCUUUUUACUGCCCUUAGAUUGCUGGCCUCUCCUAAGACCUGCUAUCGAAACGUAGGUUAUUGUAGGCAGUUGUUAUUACUGUUUACUAGAAGGUUUUCGAGUCUAUAGGGUGACGAACACAUGGUUUACAAUGAGCAUAGCCUUAUGCGCAUUGCGGACGAUGUUGAGCGCCACGGUCCACUGGACUCAUCUUCGUCUUUCCCUUUUGAAGGCUAUUUAGGCAGAUUGCAGAAUUUGCUUAGAAGCCCCUCACGGCCUUUACAACAGGUAGCUAGGCGUUUAAGCGAGGGAGAGGUAGCUACGCACGAUACUUCAAGGCAUCCUUCACCUAGAUUCCUUUAUGAGCAUAAUGCAGGACCAAUACCUGCAGGCUAUGAAGGCAGUCAGCAAUAUAAAUGUCUAAUCAUUGAUAGAUAUCGUAUUGACAUUACCUCAGGCAAUAGGUGCAUAUAGAUAGGUAAUCGAAUAGUAUGUGUUAAAAACAUACUAUGCGAUUCAGAUGGAUGUAUGCGUUUAGUCUACCACGAAUUCGGCAAUAUUCCAUACUACUUUGACUAUCCUAAGAACUCCUCACUAAUGAAAGUUUAUAAAGCCAGCUUAGAUACCACGUUACUCUGCUCACCAUUGCCGAAUGAAUACAUUAAGUACGCAUGCUUCCCAGAAGAUAACCCCUACGAAUUAAUUGAAAUUAUAUAGAUAAUUAGGGAAGCCACUUACUAUCCUUUUGCCUAUGCAAACAGUGCUUGUGAACCCUACAAACGCACAGGUAAUAUAGCUAGAAUAACCUCACUAGUUAUUGGUUUGCGAGCACUGCAGGGGAUAAUUGUCCCUUACGCUAGUACUUAAUUCACCUUAUUUCCUGUGCGUUUGUAGAUAUUAUCAUGAGCAAAAUACCCACUCGUCAGCUACCGGCAAGACAAAGAAGGUCUGCGAUUGAUGAGGCGCUCUACCUCCUGGAAGGUGAAGGCAUAUCAUCGCCUGUAAGUUAUGCAAAAUAACGCUGUUACACCUUUCAGGAGCCUCAGGAGGAGGCCAAUGAUUCUUUCGAGACGAUUCCCCUGGGUGAUGAGAUACCGACAACAGUGCCUAAGGAGAAUGAUAAUGAAGACAUUCUGCUGCUCAUGUGUAAGCACAUGCGGGCACUGUCUUUGAAAAUAGACAUCUUGAUGGAAACAAAUCGCAAAGUCCUAGGACGUCAGUGGCUAUUGGAAUCGAUGAUUCAACAGCAAACUAAAACUGCGGGAUAG